UUUUUUUUCCAUUACCGUCAUCUAACAAAGAAAACAACACGAAUUUUCCUGAGACGGAAAAGAAACAGAACACGAAUUUUCAAAGUUUUCCACACGAUGUCUUCCAUGAGAUCGUUACCACGUCCCUAACUCUCCUCCUUCAGACAAAAUACUUUUAGUCUUCUUUCUUUGGUAUACUUGUCUGAAAACAAAAUAAAUCUUUGUUUUCGGUCAAACUGAUUCAUAUACUGUACAGUCAAGUCAAAGCUACAAGAUCGUGUUCCAGGUUUUGGUCUUCUCUUCCUUAACUUUUCUGGGUUUUCUCUAAAUUGGUCUCGUCUACAAGUUCCAAUCAAAAAGUUUUCUUCUUUAAUUUUGCUUAAUUGAUUUCUCGUUUUCUUUCUUUUCUUGGAAACCUUUUAUUUCGGAAAUUGAGAGUUUAUUUAGGGUUUAGGUGAUGUUGGAAUCUCUUACUAGAUCUUUGCUUUAGUUUAGUUGGUAUUGAAAUGGAACCCUAAUGUUGGAAGUUUUCUAAAGCUGAGUUUUUGUUUCUACAGGUUUAGAGAAAAUCUUCUGAACUCUAAGAUUCUCAUAAUUGAGUUUAUAAAUGGUUUAUUGAAGCUGAGUCUUUUCUAUUUUGAGUAUUUUGUUGAUAUAAACAAAAUUAUGGGUGGAGAUGAUUUGAGCUUCACAAGAUUGGUGUGUACUGCUUUGUUUGGUCUGUUAAUGUUAUUGCAAAUCAAGGAAACUUCUGCAUCAGCAUCCUUUGUAAGCUCGAGCGUUUGUCGGUCUGAUCACUUGACCUACACAAAGCCUUAUCAACAAGGGAGUUUGUUCACAAUUAACGGGAAUCCAGUGGAGAAAGUCCGGUUUUGCGAAGCCUUACGGUUUCACAAAGCCAAUGGUUGUAUCUUUGGGGAUUCUUUCAGUGAUGACUUCUGCACAGUUCACUAUCUACUAGGGAGAAGGUUUUUGGAAGAGAAAUCUGUAAAAGAUUCCAAAAAUAGUAAGCCUAAAUCUGAAUAUAGCCAUGUUAAAGUCAGCAUGGCAGGAAGCGGGUUUCUUCUCUUGUUUUGCGGGCUUUGUUGUCCUUGCUUCCAUAAGGAGAGGAAAGCAAAUAGUCAUGAAGUUCUACCUAAAGAAUCUAACUCAGUGCACCAAGUUUCCUCUUCUGAAAUGAGCCCUUCUUCUGAGAAGAUUCCGCCUAGUCCAUUCCGGGCACCACCAAGUCCGUCCCGUGUACCGCAAAGUCCAUCUAGAUAUGCUAUGUCCCCGAGGCCUAGUAGACUGGGACCCUUGAAUCUGUCCAUGAGUCAGAUUAAUGCAGCAACCAGCAAUUUCUCAGACACUCAUCAAAUCGGUGAAGGAGGCUUUGGGGUAGUCUAUAAAGGCUUCCUAGAUGACGGCCAGGUGGUUGCCAUAAAACGAGCAAAAAAGGAACACUUUGAGAAUCUGCGAACGGAAUUUAAAAGUGAAGUUGACCUUUUGUCUAAAAUUGGUCACCGGAAUCUAGUGAAGCUUCUUGGUUAUGUUGAUAAAGGAGACGAGCGACUUAUCAUAACCGAGUAUGUCAGAAAUGGUACACUCCGCGAUCACUUGGAUGGUGCUCGUGGAACUAAACUUAAUUUCAAUCAGAGGUUGGAGAUUGUGAUUGAUGUCUGCCAUGGAUUGACUUAUCUCCAUUCUUAUGCAGAAAGACAGAUAAUCCACCGUGACAUAAAAUCCUCAAACAUUCUACUGACGGAUAGCAUGAGAGCCAAAGUGGCAGACUUCGGGUUUGCAAGAGGCGGUCCUACUGACUCGAACCAGACCCACAUUUUAACUCAAGUGAAAGGAACCGUUGGUUAUCUCGAUCCUGAGUACAUGAGGACUUAUCAGCUCACUGCCAAAAGCGAUGUUUACUCGUUCGGGAUUUUGCUUGUGGAGAUACUCACAGGCCGUCGUCCAGUGGAGGCCAAGCGACCUCAUGAUGAGAAGAUUACGGUUCGAUGGGCAUUCGACAAGUACAAUGAAGGGAGAGUUUUUGAACUGGUGGAUCCAAACGCGAGGGAACGAGUAGAUGAGAAGAUACUAAGAAAGAUGUUUAGUUUGGCAUUUCAAUGUGCUGCUCCUACCAAAAAAGAGCGGCCGGACAUGGAAGCUGUUGGGAAGCAGCUUUGGGCUAUAAGAUCAAGUUAUCUCAGGCGGUCAAUGGAAUAAAACAUAAUAAAUGAUUUUUCACACGUCACAACACCAAAUGCUAUAGUCUCUCUGUUGUUAGAUAAUAUUACCUCUUUUACAUUUUGCUAUCAAACCACUUCUUCGUCAGAUUUGAAAUGAGAUGUCUUAUUCAUCACUUGAGAUUCUGAAUGACACAUGAACAAAUUCGUUGAA